CAUCAAUACUUGUUCUAAUUCUCAAAAGCAUUGUAUGUUUGAGUUUACAAAAUGACACAAUUUCAGCCGGUGUGAUCAUCAGAGAUCCAGAGUCCAUUAUAUCAGCAAAGAAGCAAUACAAAUUGGGAUUCUUCUCUCCUCCAAACACCACCAACCGCUACUUAGGAAUCUUCUUCGCCUUCUCCGAAGAAACAGUGGUAUGGGUUGCCAACAGAGACACACCCCUCAAAGAUUCUUCCGGCGCCGUUACUCUGUCUCAAGACGGCAAUCUCGUCGUCUUGGACGGGACUAAUCGAACCGUCUGGUCGACCAAUCUCACCACUACCUCUCCCGUCAUUAAUCCGGUCGUCCAAAUCCUGGACACUGGCAAUCUCGUCUUGCGGGAAGAGGACUCUGGAGACAUGUUGUGGGAGUCGUUCUCACAUCCUACAGAUAUUCAGGUGCAGGGAAUGCUAUUAAGCCAGAACGUAAGGACAGGGAAGCAGGUGCUGCUGACGGCAUGGAAAAGCGCCACAUACCCUGGGAUAGGGAGCUUCACCACGGGCCUCGACGCCAUGAGCGGGCCCCCACAGCUUGUCACAUGGAAUGAGGGGCGGCCGCACUGGAGGAGCGCGCCGUGGAAUGGCCUCAUAUUUCUUGGGAUAAAGGAAAUGUUCUACGCAUACUUAGAAGGCUACCUUCAACUGAAGAAUGACAGUGCUGGCAAUUUCUUCUAUGAGUUGCCGCAGAAUAAUGCGUUUUCAACAAUAAUCACCUUGGUUAAUUCUUCAGGAAUUGCGAGUCGGAAGGUGUGGAAUGGAGUGGAGAAGAGAUGGCACACCGGGGGGGCGUAUCCUGGAAACGAGUGUGAUUUUCAUGGAAAGUGUGGGGUGUUUGGUAGCUGCAAUGCUAUUGUAUCGCCUAUAUGUACUUGUUUUAGAGGGUUUGAACCUGUAAAUGCGGAUGAAUGGGGGAGAGGGAAUUGGACUAAUGGUUGCAGGAGGAGGAACCAGUUGCAAUGUGGAGAAGAUGGAUUUGAGAGGUUGAGGCAUAUGAAGGUUCCUGACUUUCCAAAGCCCUCAUAUUCUCGGGUUCAAGAUGAAUGUCGAACUAGAUGUCUCGGGAACUGCUCCUGCAUAGCUUAUGCUUAUGAUAUUAACAUUGGUUGUCUGUUUUGGAGUGAUACCUUGAUUGACACUCAGGAGUUCGACGGUGUUGGCGUUGACCUCUACGUUCGUCUCUCUGCUUCUGAAUUUGAUAGCCACAAGGGGAGAAAGUUAUACAUCAUAAUUGGAGUAGCUGUGGGUUUUGUUUGCAUAUCUAUUCUGAUGUUUGUUGCUUGGUGGUUUAUAGUGAAGAGGAAAGGGAGUAAAGCGCAAGAUUCGAUUAUUUUGGAAGCAAGACAGAUGUUCACGACGGAUUCAACUGCAAUCGUACUGAAAAAUGAAUCGAAGGAAGUUAAUAUUGGCGAUUUGCCAAAGUUCACUUUCAAGAUGCUUGCUAAUGCAACAAACCAGUUCCAUGUAACUAAUCUUCUUGGGAGGGGAGGUUUCGGUCCUGUUUACAAGGGAGUUCUGGCAAACGAGAAAGAAAUUGCUGUGAAAAGACUAUCAGCGGAAUCUGGACAAGGGAUGCAAGAGUUCAUGAAUGAAGUGAUUGUCAUUUCCAAACUCCAACACAGGAAUCUUGUCAAACUAUUAGGAGGUUGUGUUGAGAAAGAAGAGAAGAUAUUGAUAUAUGAAUAUAUGCCAAACAAAAGCUUGGAUGCUUAUCUCUUUGGUUCUACGAAUUCAACAAAGAAGCUGUUAGAUUGGAAUAUGCGUUCCAGCAUUAUCGAGGGCAUUGGGCGAGGCAUAUUGUACCUUCACAGAGACUCAAGACUAAGGAUCAUUCACAGAGACCUGAAACCAAGUAAUGUACUGCUAGACCAAGACUGGAAUCCAAAAAUCUCGGAUUUUGGGAUGGCAAGAAUAUUCGGAGGCAAUGAAGACCAUGGCAGUACUGCAAGAGUCGUGGGAACAUACGGAUACAUGGCGCCAGAAUAUGGAAUGGAAGGCAGGUUUUCUGAAAAAUCUGAUGUAUACAGCUUUGGAGUGCUGAUAUUGGAGAUUAUAAAAGGAAAAAAGAACACACACUAUUUCAAUGAUGAAUUGUCCUUGAGCCUUAUUGGAUGUGCAUGGAAAAUGUGGAGUGAGGGUAACGGUUUGAGUUUCGUGGAGGAAAGCAUCGCAAGUAGGGAGACAGAGGAAGAGAUGGUUAGAUGCAUUCAGAUAGGGCUGCUUUGUGUCCAAGAACAUCCCAAUGAUAGACCUUCCAUUGAAAUCGUGCUGUCAAUGCUAAGUCGUGAUAUAGUGGAACUGCCACUGCCCAAGCAGCCGGUGUUUGCAGAAAAUGGUUCGACUCCAGGCCCCAUUGGAUCAUCACAGCAAAAUGUAUACUCCAAUAAUGAGCUCACUCUUAGUGUGCUUGAUGGACGAUGAAUCUACUUCCAGACUUUAUCAUUAUAUAGUAUAAUAAAUCUAAAUGAAUAUUAACAGAGAAAUAAGAAGA